UGCAGCUGCACUGGUGUUGCAGUGAUCAUUUGGGAACCAGAUGCAAGGAUUUUCUCUUACAUAAGACUCAUUCAUAAGCAACACCAAAGCAUUCCUGAACUUUGCAGGGAGCUCACUGUCAGGCUGUCAGAAAAUGAUAAAGCAGCUGUUGAUUUCGAUUGUGUGUGGUGCUGCCAUGCUGACCGUAGGUAUCCUAAUCGGCCACUAUGGUAUCACCAAGGCACCGUCCUGGGUGAAGGAUGAGAUGAAGGAUGUGGACGAGAGCCUGAUUGAGAAGUUCUUGUCUGAGGUGGACAACAUCCAGAUUCAGGAGAACCUAAAGGAGUUGACCAAAGUGCCUCAUAUGGCCACCACAGCUGGAGACGAGCAAACAGUGCAGUUAAUGCUAAAGAGAUGGCAGGACCCUGAAAGCGGCCUGGACCAGGCCUGGAGGGAAGAGUAUUUGGUCUACUUGUCCUUCCCCGACCCCAAGAACCCCAACAAGGUCACUGUAGUGAGCCCGUCUGAAACUGUGCUGCACACUGCCAGAGAGAAAGAGAAGAGUUAUACUCCAGACCAAGAUGAUCCUGCUGUUGUUCAGCCGUACGCUGCGUACUCCCCCGCUGGACACCCAAAGGGGCGACUGGUGUACGCCAACCAGGGGAAACCAAGUGACUACCUCCUGUUGAACCAGACAGUGGAUCUCAGAGGAACCAUCGCUAUCACCAGAUAUGGUGGAGCAGGAAGAGCUGCUAAAGCCAUCAAUGCAGCACCCUAUGGUGUCAUUGGCGUGCUUGUUUACACAGAUCCUCUGGACAUCAACGAUGGUCUCAUGUCAGACGCCAGUGAGACGUAUCCUCACUCCUGGUACAUGCCGCCCUCUGGCGUGGAGAGGGGUUCCUUCAACACUCAUUAUGGAGACAUGCUCACACCCUACCUGGCUGCCAAAAAGGAAACCUACAGAAUUCCUGUUGAGAACAUUACAGGAAUCCCUCCUAUUCCAACUCAACCAAUCGGAUUUGAGGAUGCCUACAUACUAAUCUGCGAGUUAGGUGGAGAAGCAGCUCCCAAGGAAUGGCAGGGAGCAUUCAACUGUACUUACAACUUUGGUGGUCCAGGUUUCAAACCUACAUCUGCUUUCAACAACAGUGAUGUGAAACUGGACAUCUUCAACCAUGAAGAGUUGAAGAACUCCUCCAAUGUGAUGGGAGUUAUCAAAGGGAGUGUCGAGCCAGACAGGUAUGUGAUCUAUGGGAACCACAGGGACAGUUGGGUUCAUGGUGCCAUUGACCCAAGCAGUGGCACGUCGGUCAUGCUGGAAUUGACCAGAGUGCUGGGCAAGAUGGUCAAGCAGGGCAAAUGGAGGCCACGUAGGUCCAUAAUCUUUGGAAGCUGGGGAGCGGAGGAGUUUGGCCUUAUUGGGUCUGCAGAAUACACAGAGCAAUAUUUCACCAAGCUCAGUGAACGAACCGUAGCUUACAUCAAUGUGGAUAUAGCCGUUUUUGCCAACGCCACCCUCAGAGCUUCAGGGAUGCCAUCAGUACAGAAUGUCAUCUUCAAAGCUGCAAAACAGGUCAAUGCAGCCGGACUGGAAUCCACAUCUGUGUACGACAACUGGAUCAAAUAUUCCAACAGGACAAGUCCAGCACAUGGACGCAUACCCAGGAUGGGAUACCUGUCAGGAGCAGGUAGUGAUUACGCCGCCUUCGUCCAUUACCUGGGAAUCACUGCCAUGGACAUUUCAUACACUUACGACAGGAGUAAAACAAAUGCUCGGAUUUACCCUGCGUACCACACAGCAUACGACACCUUCGACUACGCCUCUAAGUUCAUUGAUCCUGGGUUUGUCAGUCACCAGGCCAUUGCCAGGACAGCGGGAAAUGUCCUGAUCCGAUUGGCUGACAGCCUGGUGUUGCCAUUAAACUGUAGUGACUACGCUGAGAUUCUGGAGGACUACCUGGAGACAGCAGUGAACCUAUAUCAGAAUCAACUGCAAGCGAAGCAUAUAUCCAUGGAACCACUAAAACGUGCAGUGGCCAGCUUUCGCAGUGCAGCUACCCAUUUGGACCAGGUGAUUCUCAGUUCAGACCUGGCGAAUGAAGCUCCGCUGAAGGUCAGAAGGAUCAACGAUCAGCUCAUGUUGCUGGACCGAGCUUUCUUGAACCCCCUGGCCUUCCCGGAUAAAUAUGCAUUCAGGCAUGUUAUCUGGGCUUCAAGUAGUGCUGGCAAGCCAACCUUCCCGGGUCUGGCAGAUGCCUACGCCAAAGCUGAGUCAUCAGGACAGCUCAGGGACUGGGACAAAGUGCACUACCACCUGUCAGUCCUGAGCCAGGCCAUCGAGGGCGCUGCCAACACACUGGUUGACGUCAUAUAGACGAAGAAGAGGAAGGAAGGAGGAACUACACUCGCUCAGGGAUUUUACAAAAAGACAGGGGUCUGCAGCCAGUGAGCCCUGAUCAGUUGGGUAAUGAUGGGACUAUUUAUGGAUGAUAUUAGCAAUCAAUGAACGAAGCUCCUCACCAAACAGUAACAUAAAUGAUGUCUUCUAUCUUUGUCACAGGAUUAAAAUAUUUAAAUAUGAUGGGACAGUUGUCGUAAUUGACACAAAUAGCCACCUCAGUAUAGCACAUAUUAUCUUUCGAUGUGCUUAUAAAAGAAAGCAGACUUUGUUUUCUUUAGAAAAUCAACGACCAGCUCUGAUCUUGGUUAUGUUAAACUUAAUGUUUGUGUCUCAUCAGCUGCUGAAUCAUUUAACCUCCUUAUCAAAACAUAAGAAAUGACAGGAUAGUUGAAUAUUGUGAUUAUUGACACUAAUAUGUAUGUUAAUAUUUCUUUUGUGAUGAA